AAAGGUAAACUCACAUUUGAAUGUGAUCCACUGUCUUAAAACAAGUGAUCAAGGUCAGGAGAACAAUACAUAAGAAACGAAAUUGCUUUUUUUCUUGGGACUUACCUUUUGAUUACAGUUUUGUUUUUGAUCUUGUGUAAUCCAGCUCUGAUGUACAGUUCCUUGUACUGCAUGCCCUGUUCUGUUUAGCCUGCAUAAUAUACUGGAACAGGAAGCUCUGGUUAGUACCUAACCAUUCAACUGAAGUAUUCACACCUACUGAAUAAAGAACAACGGAGGCUGCAAUAAUGGAUUAUCUGUUGCUGGUUAUGAUUCUUUUCCGUUUACACAAAGGUGCAACAUUGACAGCAGACACAACUGUAAAAUUGGAGCAAAACCUAACACUGAAAUGCGAGUGUCCUUGGUCAGGUAAUCUGAGCCAGAUUAGCUGGGAAAGAAAGUCAGAUGCUAAAAAAGAACUGGUUGCUGUUUACCAUAAACAACAUGGCUUGAAAUUAUUCAACAAUUACGAAAGAAGAAUUGUGUUCCUCAAUUCAUCGUCAAUGGAUGGGAGCAUCACUAUCAUAAAUGCCUCAGCUGAAGAUCUAGGUCUUUAUCUAUGCUCCAUACAAACAUUUCCAAAAGGAUCAUGGACAAAACUUUUCCUGGUGGAGAAUUCAGAUGGAUUUGGUAACAGAAAGCCUGAUUCUGAGGAGUUAGUAGAGAAAGGUCAUCAUUUCAUGCUAAGAUGCCACUAUGUUCUGAAUGGAACUGUUUACCACUUGACCUUUGAAAGGAUUGGAGAGAAACAUAAAGACACUAUAGCUCUCUGCAGUUUCUCUGAUGAAAAAAUCAUUGGACCCGAUUAUAUAGAGCGGACACUGGUAAACUGCAGCAGAGCACUAAGUAUCAACCUGCUGUUGAUGAAUAUAACCAUUAACGACGAAGGGGUUUACCAGUGUCACUUCAGCACUGACCAGGGAAACCACACAACAACUAUAUCUUUGAGUGUGAGAAAAGAAAUAAAUGAGUCUAUGAAAAUAAUACUCAUCUAUGUUGGAGCUGGAGCUGGUGGGCUGGUUGUUUUAGCAGUGAUCAUCAUCGCUACAGUGGUGGUAUGUCAGAAAAGGAGACAAAGGAAAAGAAUGAGAAAUAGAGCCAAACUAGAUGUUCCAAAAAGACGGCACAUAAACAACUACGAACAUGCAGCUGUCUAUGACAGAAUGACAAAACCCCCAAGUUGUCAAAACAAAGAGGACAUUUAUGUAAAUUUUCCGAAACCUCCACGCCAGACAAAGAAGAAAACAUGAGUUUGCUGACUGACUUUUUACACAGUGUAUAAAACACACCCAUCAUGCCUCUUUGCGGGUUGUAUUGAACUGUCUAGUGGAUUGCUUUCGUUCGUAAGAGGUUUUGUAUGUUUAUUUGUGGACAAAACAUUCCUCUAACCAUAUUUGUGUAUACUAAAUAAAAAGCAAGAGAUCUCUUAACCUGGCAUAUGUCAGCAGGAUGUAGUAAAACACCAAUACAGUACUUAUUAAGAAAACGUGUUAAACAGCAUUUGAGCUAAUUAGUCUGUAUUUACCCUUGUACAUUUUACCAGUUUACCACUGUACAUUUCUGCACUAAUUCUGCAGUUUCCCCAUUCUUUUCCAAUGGUUAUACUAUCCAUUUAUCAUAGUCUAUUAUAGUUUGCCUUGUUUCUUAAUAUGCUAUACCAUACCUGCCUGGGUUUACGAUGUUUACCUAAGCUUUCUUUAUUACACUUUUGUAUUUUGAUAUUGGAAACUUUUAUAAUAGAAAGAUGAAAAAAAUCCACUUGUAGAUUUCAGUUUUUAUUCACUAUUGCUUGGACAAGAUAAAAGGGGUAGCCAGUGUGGUCCAGUCAGUGGGCAUCCAACUCUGAGACAAAGUCUUAAAGAUAGUGUUCUACUAAUAUGUAUAACUCCCUUAUACUGAGAAUAUCUCUUUUAUAUAAAUUUAAUGAGUCUAAAUUGUUACAACAUUGGAUCACAGAAUAGAUUUUCUAUCUUAAACAUUAAUAACAUUAAAAAUAUCUUUAUUUUUAUAUAGCACCUUUCAUAGUGGACCACCGUCACAAAGCGCUUUACAGAGGUAGGCUCUGAACUGUGCAUUAUAUGCAGAGUCACUUACAAUAGGACAUUCUUACUGAAAGAUUAAAGUAAUCCAGCUGAAUUUAACAAAUAACCACAGAACAUUGAAUGGUAGUUUAAUUUUAUUAUUUUUUAUUGCACUUAGCAUAUUAUUUUGUAUUGUAAAUGAUAAGUAUAUAUACUGCAUAUAUGUACACCCUAAGCGCUCCAGUUUGUUAUAGUUUUUCCUACAUAAAAAAAGUCACAUUCCAGCACUUCUUUUAUUCUCUAAUAUAAUUAGGGGAGGCUUAUCAGGAAGAUAAAUACGGGGUAAGAAAUGGGAAACAGGCAGGGGCUCCUUCUCAUCAUGCAACAGUGAACCCUACUGGCCAGACACCAAGCUGAUUCAGAGUGGAUAAGAAGCAGGGCUGUUCUCCGGGAUUGGCAGCCCACCCACCUCUGCUCUGUAUUGCUUGGUGUAAAAGUGAUUCUGGCUUUAGGCUUGUGACAUCAGGGGACACUCGCAUGCCCUCAGAACGUCAAUGCUGUGUGGGGAACCGCUGCAGUGAGGAGAAAAAAACAUAAUUGGACAUUCCGAAGAGGGGAGGGAGGUGGGAGAUAAAUACAAAUAAUAAUUGGUCACUCUAAAAAAAAAUGGAUCAAGUGAUCACAGAUCAACAUUGAAUUCUAGCCCAUAGACAAUCCGGGCAGUCUGGUGUCUGUGCAAACUAACAGCAUUAAUACUAUAAAGCAAUAUGGUUAUGUUGUCGAAAUUGCUAUUUCGGGUUUGACACAUGCACCCACAAUGUCACAUCCUAGACUUUUAUUUAAUGUGUUAUGCCUAGAUUUAAUGUAUUUGCAUUGUUUUUGUACUGUUUGUAUUUAAUGUACUAG